GUUAUAAACAAAACGAGGUAUCUUAAAAUCGCUCCAAACUUCGCCACAUUUGAAGAAUGCAGAACAAACUCCCGGUAGUAACGACAAAUCCAGAAAUCUAUAGACAUCCAAGACAUCUGCCAGGUUACACUGGUCACGUCCAUCAGGAAAACUUUCAAUAUGGCGAAACGUACGGCAACACCUCAGCCAGAUUGCUAUCAGAAUAUCGCGCCACAAAACUGCAGGACAGUACUCUGGGUAUGAACGGAAGAGGAGGUGACGCCCAGCUACCAUUUCCGACAUAUUACGAUCACGACCCGAGUCGCGUGAUGGGAACACGCCCAAGAACCUGGGAACGAUGGCAGCCGCAACAUAAAUUUGAUCUCCUGAAUACUAGCUCACGCGAACGAGAAAUCAGAGACUUUAAUAAGGCCGCUCAACAACAUCGCGAACAAUACAAAGAUCACAGUGGAAGUCGUGUUCCCGUUGAUAUUUUCGUUCAACCCAACAUUUCAUACCCAACUAGUGCUCCAGUUGGACAAAGGCAUAGUUAUUCAACAUGAAUGCAAUAUUUCUACUCUUAGGCUCUAAUGUUUCCAAGAUAACAUGCAUGUUAUUUAUCUGUAAAGGUGGACCAAAUCUUGAUAUUUUGAUGCAUAUAUUGCAUACUGUACACUCUAGAAGUGUAACGAGAUAAACAUCUCAAAGUGCUUGGAGCGAUGUCGUUGUGUCUGACGUCUGAGAUAUUCAUCUAACAUUAUCUCAUUGUUUUUGUUGAUUUUCGAUGUAAAAUAUCGAGAAAAAGUUUCUUGAUAUAUACGAACAACCCAAAAUAUAAACAACAGACCCUACAAUGUUAUUACCAGCGAUGGAAACAU